AUGACGCCGACUGGUGAUGUUGACGUCGACGGCAAAAAUGACGUAGGAAGCAGAAAUAUCGGCCACCAAAACGUACACAGAGACGGUUAUUGGGGUGAAAGCUGUAUUGGAAUAUGUGCAGUAGGGUGUGUUGAUAGAAAGUGCAAUACUACUAACGGGUUUUGUUCUUGUCUUACGAACUAUUACGGAAAUAAAUGCGAUGGACAAUGUUCCGACAAUUGCGUUCCUUCCACUUGCGUGGGUGAUAGCGGUAAUUGUGUAUGUAAACAACGUUAUUUUGGGGCAGCGUGUCGCUCAAAAUGUGGCAAUUAUUGCGCCGAUUGUACAAAUGUCACGUCAUGCUCAUUGUGUGAAACAGGGAAGUUCGGUGAUACGUGUCAAUCCUUUUGUCAAUGCGAUGGCAAUGCAGAAUGUGAUAUUGUAACAGGGGAGUGUCUCCCUUGUGGAACAGACUGUUUGUCUUGCAAUAAUAACGUGUGCACGUCAUGUGUAACUGGAAAAUAUGGAAGUCGAUGUGAGCAUACGUGCUCGUCUACUUGCUAUGAUGUGUGUAACAUUGAAGGGAAUUGUCAGUCGUGUAAGUCAGGGCAUCAUGGUCAUCGCUGUGAAUUUGAAUGCAAUUGUGAGUUCGGGUGCGAUCAACUUCAAGGCCAAUGUUUGAAUGAAGCUUGCCCAAGAAACUGUAAUGGUAGCUGUGAUGUUUCUUCACAGACAUGUAAUUCAUGUAAUCUUGGUUAUCACGGAACAUAUUGCAACUUAACUUGCCCUGGUAAAUGUGCUGAUUCACGUUGUUAUACAAAUGGUAGCUGUUUGUCAUGUGAAGCGGGAUAUUACGGUAACAGUUGCAACAUGGAAUGCAAACAGAGCUGUAAAAGUAAUACUUGUCGUCGGAAUGAUGGAUUAUGUGAGGUCUGCCCAGCAAACUGUGUAUCAUGUGAAUCCAAAUCUACUUGUACGCAUUGCAGAGAAUCUAAAUAUGGACAAAUCUGCCAUUUAUCUUGCAACGACGAGUGUACAUAUAAAAUGUGCAAUAUCAAAGGUGUCUGUUUCAAUUGUUCUUCGUUAUCUGCUUUUGGUAGUUACUGCAAUUUAUCAUGCAAUCAUGACUGUUAUUUGUCUACUUGUGAUAGAUACACAGGUACUUGUAAUAGCUGUAAAAAUAACUCAGUGUUUGGAAUGUUUUGCAAUGAAGCAUGUAGUCAGUAUUGUCUUGGUAACGAAUGUAAACGAGGGAGUGGGGUGUGCUUAAACGGAUGCAGUGAUGGUUACUUUGGAACUAAAUGUGAUCAGGAAUGUUCUCAAGGAUGCCGAAAUAAUUCAGGAACAAUAUGUGAUCUAGAAGGUGCAUGUCUUGGAGGAUGCACUGAAGGAUACGUUGGCAAACGAUGCAUAUCAGACACCAAAACGGAUGAGUUAUCAAAUACUACAACUAUUGCUGCAAUUGGUGGAGGCAUAGGAGGUGUUGUUGUGAUUGCUGCCAUUGUAGUGACGAUCCUUUUCUUACUCAGAAAAAGGAGAACACGAAAACCGUAUGAGGAAUACACAGACGGUGUUGGUAACGAACAUCACUUAAUCGGACCUGUUUCUGAAGGAGAUAAUAAAGCGAAAACAUCACCACAGACAUCAGGAUAUAGUCCUGCUAGGUAUGACACAGCUGCAAAUAUUGUAAGGAUCGGUGAAUCUUUGGAAGCCCGCGAAGAGGAUGAACUUGAAAUAGACUUGGGCGAAGAGAGGAGAACACAGAAAAGGAAACUGGCCAAGAAGGUUGAGGAGAACGUUUACUACAUCCGGUUACAGGAUAUCGAGAAACGAAAAGUGAAAGUGGAGGAAAUGGCGGCUUUUGUUGCUGAAAAGACUCUGGCCUACUAUGAGGAGGAAUUUGAUAAAUUCUCUGACGGCCUCACAAGAAGCUGUGACGUUGCCAAAUUACCUCUAAACAGGGCGAAAAACAGAUACAAGGGAUUAUAUGCCUAUGAUGAUACAAGGGUGAAAGUGACUGGUUUUGACACUGACUACAUAAAUGCUAACUAUAUCGAUGGCUUCAAGGAGAGAAAUGCGUAUAUUGCUUCGCUUGGUCCAAUGUCGAAACAGAUGGGAGACUUUGGCAUGUUUUGGAAUAUGAUUUGGCAACAGAAGGUGGAGAAGAUCGUCAUGGUUACAAACUUGAUGGAGGAUGGGAAAGAAAAAUGCGAGCAGUACUGGCCCAAUGUUGGGAUCACUAUAAACUACAGCGGGGUGAUGGUCACCUGUCAGAGCGAGAAUGAGUAUGCAGAUUUCACGAGAAGGUUGCUGCUCUUAAAUGAUGGCAAAUCUGAGCGGCAGCUGCACCACCUCCACUUCACGGCCUGGCCUGAUAGGGGAAUCCCAGAGGACGUAACAGCGCUGAUUGAGUUCCGACAUAGAGUGCUCCAUUCUCCUGCCCUUCUCGGCGGUCCAACGCUGGUCCAUUGCAGGUGUAGAUUGUUUAUAAAUUAUUAUUCAUUUGCUUAG